AUGCAGUUCAAGAACAGACUCAACUCGAUCAAGAUCUCUGGUUCGAUGAGCAAGUAUUUGCUGGAGAUAAAAGACACAGUUGAUGCACUAUUCUCGGUUGGUGAACAGGUAAAAGAUGAUGAUCAUGUAAAUGCUAUUUUGCACGGCUUAACUGAAGAAUUUGUGUCCUUAAUCACAUCAAUUGUAAUAAGACCUGGAGGAAUCACGGUUCCUGAGCUAGAAGUAGUAUUACUCUCACAUGAAAGCAUGUUAGAAAGAUAUAAGAAGCCUGAGCAAUUUAUACAAGCAAAUUUGGCCUACCACAAUGGCAGAGGAAGCGCUAGAGAGCAUUUUAGAGGCAAGGAAGAGGAUAUGAAGGAAGUAGAGGCUAGUCCUCAAGAACUCAGUGCCAGCUCUGCAGUGAACCUGGCCACACUGCAGUCCACUGCUGCACUCCUUCAAGAUCAAGACUGGUAUCCUGAUUCCGGAGCCGCUCAUCACAUGAUGUAUGAUGCAAGAAAUUUGACUGAUCAAGCAGAUUAUGCAGGUCAUGAGCGAGUUAUAAUUGGGAAUGAUAUCACCAAGAACCUCAUGAGUGUCUAUAAAUUUUGUUGUGAUAACCACGUUUACUUUGAAUUUCAUCAUGACAACUGUUGUGUCAAAUCACAGGAAACUAGAGAAGUUGUUCUCAAGGGAGUUGUUGAUAAAGGUCUUUACCGGUUUCUCAAUUUCAACAUUGAAAACACACAAAGCAGUGCUGAAGCAGCAGCUGCAUUCCUCACAAAUAGUGAACCAGCUAAUGAUUCCUUGUUGUGGCAUGCUCGUUUAGGCCACCCCUCAAAUAAUGUUCUCUACAGUUUUACAAAAUUUGAUAAUGCACCUGAAUAUGUUAACUUGUCAAAGUCCUUGCAGUCUUGUGGAGUGAUUCACAGGUUCUCCUGCCCGCAUACUCUUCAACAGAAUGGCAAUGCUAAAUGGAAGCACCGCCACGUGGUUGAGAUGGGACUCACACUUGAAGCCUUCCAAACUGUUGUCUACCUGAUUAAUGCCCUACCAACACCCACACUACAAAAUCAAUCACCAAUGGAGACACUCUCCUCCUUAAAUGCCUCCCUGUGUGGAGCUGAACCUCCAACAACUAUACUCCUAGAUGUGCCUGCUGCCCAGGCCGUCCCCAUUCCACUUCAGUCCCCUGAGGUUGUCCUACCUUUACCUAUCACCUCUGCAACUCAGAACUGUCAUCCAAUGAUUACCAGAGGAAAGUUGUGCAUUUCUAAGCCCUGGGCUCUCCAUGCUCAACUUGAACAUACCUCAAUCAAACAGGCCCUUUCUGAUUCUAAGUGGCGAGCCACCAUGGAUGCUGAGUACUCUGCCUUCAUGCAAAAUCGCACCUGGAAUUUAGUAAAAUUGCCACCAAAUAGGGAGCCCAUUGGUAGCAAGUGGGUGUUUUGGAUCAAAUAUAAUGCUGAUGGAAUUGACAAAUACAAAGCUAGGCUGGUUGCCCAGGGCUUCCAUCAAAGACCAGGGCUAGAUUAUAAGGAAACAUUCAGUCCAGUGGUAAAACCUGCUUCGAUUCGCAUAAUGCUAUCCCUUGCUCUUGCAAACUCCUGGCCUAUCAAGCAACUGGAUGUCAACAAUGCCUUCUUGCAUGGUGACUUAUUGGAGGAUGUAUAUAUGUCUCAACCAAAGGGCUAUGAACAAGGAGAUGGAACCCUAGUCUGCAAGCUGACCAAAGCGCUCUAUGGCCUGAAACAGGCCACUCGGGCCUGGUAUGUGAAAUUGUUGGGUGCUUUUAAGCGUCUGGGGUUCACCCCCACAAAAUCAGAUACCUCCCUCUUUACACGAAUCACCCCUCAAUCCAGGCUCUAUGCACCUGUCUAUGUUGAUGAUAUCAUCCUCACCGGUGACUCUAGCCCUACAAUAAUCAAGUCAUUCAGCAACUAA